AUGUUGGGCCAACCAGUUGCUCGCCGUCUCGCACAACGGACAGCGGCAACAACUUGUAGAUUGAACAUCCCAGCAUGGUCGCCCUCGCUGCGGGCGUCAGGUAGACCAUCUCAGCGCUGGCAGCACUCCGGCGCUACUACUACGACCAACGGUGCAAGCGCUGCGAGUGCGUCGAAUGGACAAACCCAGCAACCCAUCAGUUUCGCUGGAGAUGGCCAGGGAAAUGUUGCAUUUGCGUCAGGUGACCCCAGUGGCGGAUCGACUCUUCGAAAGGGCCUUUUCUACGUGAUGCUAGGAAUGGCGUUCAGCAGCAUCGGAGCAUAUGCCUCAUGGCACACACUCAGGACCCAAGGAUUGGGAUUUUAUUCCGACGAGGAGAGCUUGAAGCGAUUCACUCCCGAAGAAACCGAUGCCGAAGCACGCCGUAUCGAAGACACAAUCAAUAACCUCCCACUCGUCGCUGAGCAGCGCCAACGGCCAGAAAUGGUCGAAUCACGACCACACCUGAAGAUGCCCGGCCAAUACCGAGCACGAAGUCUCACGGGAAGCGCACUUACUGGUCCUGGAAAAGUUCCUGUUCCUGCAUAUGCGUGGGUAGAGGAGGGCGGCAAGUCGCUCAUUUCAGUGGUAUACGUUGGCGAAGACUUGUGCGGCCACCCCGGCAUCGUCCACGGCGGAUUCUUGGCCACCAUGCUCGACGAGGGUCUUGCACGAUGCUGCUUCGGCGCUUUGCCUCACAACAUUGGCGUGACUGCCAACCUCAACAUCAACUACCGUAAGCCUACGCCCGCCGGCAGCUACUUGGUGCUCAAAGCAGAAACUACAAAGGUGGACGGCCGUAAGGCCUGGGUCAAGGGACAUAUUGAGUCUGUGGCGGCUCCGGGAGAGGCACCUACGGUUUAUGCUGAGGCAACGGCUUUGUUUGUGUCUCCCAAGUUUGCGGCUAUGAUGCCACGAAUUAAUUGA